UAAUAAAAUUCAUUCAGAUUUAUAUUUUCAGAAAUGCCUGGAUUUUCUCCUAAGGCAAUUGUAAUUGACGGGCGCGGACAUAUGUUCGGUCGCCUGGCUAGCAUCGUCGCCAAGCUUAUCCUCAACGGAAACAAGGUUGUCGUUGUAAGAACCGAGGGAAUUAAUAUUUCCGGUAACUUCUACAGAAACAAGCUCAAGUAUCUUGAUUUCUUGAAGAAGAGGUGUAAUGUUAAGCCUACCCGUGGACCUUUCCAUUUCCGCGCCCCUGGCAAGAUCUUUUACAGAUGCGUGCGCGGCAUGGUCCCCCACAAGACCACCCGUGGCAAGAUCUCCAUGAAGAGGCUGCAGACCUUUGAGGGAGUUCCUCCUCCAUAUGACAAAAAGAAGAGGAUGGUCAUCCCCUCCGCCCUGAAGGUUCUCAGGCUCAAGCACGGCAGGAAGUUCUGCUCUCUUGGCAGACUCGGACACGAGGUUGGAUGGAAGUACCAGGACAUCGUUGAGGCUCUCGAGACCAAGAGGAAGCUGAAGGGUGAAUCCUACCACAAGGGACAACUCGAGGUCGCCAAGGCCAAGGAGGCCGUUCUCGCCGAUCCCAAGAUUGUUAAGAGGAUUGCCCCGUUCCAGAAGGUGAUCGAGUCCUACGGACAUUAAGCCUGUACAGCGUACCCUGACCAUCUUAUGUACAUUGUACACGAUCAAUUACAAUUGCUAAAUAAACUAUAAACUAACAA